CCUCUUUGUAUCACGCCAUUGUUUGCGCGCGUUGUAAGAACAUUGCGUAUGGGUCGUGGGCCUAAGGUCAAGAGGAUAACUACAUCUCAGUGCCGACACUCUUCCGUUGUUUCAGCCUUUUUGGGCCUCCUGUGGUGUCCUCGUCGCCGCGGCUGUAUCUGCCUCGGAAUCGUCGUUAGAACGUGCCCGAGAAGAGGUCUGGAAGGCAUUGAUAUCGGUUCUUGCCGUCUCCCCACAAGGUCGAUUGGCAUGCUGCCCAGGAACAAAGUGUUGAGGCCUUGCUUCGGCUGGCCGAGGACUCGGUCGCGGUGCGGAAGGCGAUCGUGAACCACCACAGGAUCCAGGGCCAUCUCAUCGAGAUGUCAGAGCAGCUGCGCGAGCACAGGCUGCGAUCGGACCACCGCGCGCCACCCUGGGAUUCGACUGCUGUCCCCCCGGGCCUCUGGCACCACGCUCUCGGAGGAGCUCCCCGCGCCGACGGUCGCGCGCAGGCCUUCCAGCAGAGCCCGGCUUCCCCUGCGGCCAGGCUCACGGCGACCGGGCGUCCCCGGCCGGCUGCCCGUCCGAGCCGGCCGCCCAGCCUGCUCGCGCUCGAGGAGCCGCACGCUGGCGCGCGCGAGGUCCACGCCUCCCUCUCGGCCGAGGCACCCGCGGCGGGGCAGUCGGAUGCUCUGCUGGGUUUCCUGACGGUGAGAGCGCGCGGCCAGCAGGACACCGAAGGGCCUUCGCAUGAGGGUUGCGCUGUGGAUGAGCCGGACGGCGAGCCCGAGGAGGAGGAGGAGGAGGAGGAGGAGGAGAAGAGUGUGGUCCAUGCUAUCCAAAAGCUUUUGCACGAGGGCUGCGCUGCGGAUGAGCUGGCCUGUGAGCCCGAGGAGGAGGAGGAGAAGGGCCCUGUCGAUGCACAGUCCUGGGAGCAGCACCGGCAGCACGGGUCGAAGAAGAAGAGAAGCAGGGGCGAGGCAGAGGAGCCGCCCAGGGCAGGUGACACCGCUCUGAUCGUGAAGGGGAUCAAUUCGACCUGCCGGAGGGAGGACGUGUGUGCCAUGCUCGAGGCGACUGGUUUCACUGGCACGUUCGACAUCCUGCACUUGCCCAAGAAUUUCGCGAACCACCAGAGCAGGGGAUACUUCCACGUCAAUUUCAAGGAGGCUGCGAGUGCAGAGAAGUUCGUGCGGCUGGUGCACGGGAGCCACAGCUCUUCGGCCAUGACCCAGGCCAUCGGGAAGCCCAAAUCGAAGUUGGUGGCCUAUCGCGCCCGCUACCAGGGGCUCCGCAGCUUCGUGAUGGACACUGUGUCUGGCCGCAAGCUUCGCGCCGAUAAUGAAGAUUACCUUCCGUGGGUUUACCUCUCGGGCUCAGGCGGCCGCCCUCUGACCAAGGAGAUUGCCCAGCGACUGUUGUCCACAGUCCCCUAG